CGCAAAAGAGUAGAUGAACGAAAGGUCGGUCGGAACCAACGUUUCCAGUCUUGUUUCCGGGGGACCUUGGUAUCAGACCGGAUGUGGCCAGUUAGCGGCUCUGACCGACUUUUAGCACGAAGCUAACGUCAAUCUAAAGUGUCUGGUUGUUGUGAGUCAGAUUUUCAUCGGGAUCUACCGCGGGAGCAACCGAUCGAAAAUGAUCAAAGCGAUUUUAAUCUUCAACAACCACGGGAAGCCUCGGCUGAUCCGCUUCUACCAGUAUUUCGCGGAGGACAUGCAGCAGCAGAUCAUCCGGGAGACCUUUCACUUGGUGUCCAAAAGAGACGACAACGUCUGCAACUUCCUGGAAGGAGGAAGCCUGAUCGGCGGCUCGGACUACAAGCUGAUCUACCGACACUAUGCCACGCUCUACUUCGUCUUCUGUGUGGACUCGUCGGAGAGCGAGCUGGGGAUUCUGGACCUCAUCCAGGUGUUCGUGGAGACGCUGGAUAAGUGCUUCGAGAACGUGUGUGAGCUGGACCUGAUCUUCCACAUGGACAAGGUGCACUACAUCCUGCAGGAGGUGGUGAUGGGCGGCAUGGUGCUGGAGACCAACAUGAACGAGAUCGUGGCUCAGGUGGAGCUGCAGAACCGCAUGGAGAAGUCUGAGGGAGGACUGUCGGCGGCCCCCGCCCGCGCCGUCUCUGCUGUCAAGAACAUGAACCUCCCUGAGAUCCCUCGCAACAUCAACAUCGGAGACAUCAACAUCAAAGUGCCCAGCCUCUCCCCGUUCUGAGGCCCGGCCGGCCCCCGCUGGGCCACAGACUCUUCCUCAUUCCUGCCCGGGACCUGGAUCCUCUCCCCUCCUCCGGGAACAUUUGCACAGUAGCUUGUCAGCCCUGCUGAGUCAUGGAAACGUCUCCAGCCCUCGUGAGCGUGGCGAGCGACGUGUUCAUCUUCAGUGAAGUGUGUUUGUCUUGUGUUUACGUGUCGAUGUGAGUGUCGGGAAUAAAUGUUUUCCCCAGUGA